AUGCCAAGCUCCCUGCCAAGCUUUCGUCUCUUACCCGUCCAAACCUGUGUCGGAGAAAAGGCUUUGCGUCGAAGUAACCUGGAUGAAACUCUGCAUGCGCUGCUGCCCCCUUGGGCGGCCCCUGUGGGGGCAGCUUUGGUGCUCUGCACCCUGGUCGCUCCAGUGGCUGGAAAGCCCUUGGGGGCUGCGCUGCUGCCCAUGCUGGCGCUGGGCUGGGCGGGCAGCACCCUGGCACUUUGCCUCAGUAUCUACAGGUGCUGUUGGCACGGCUGGUGCCUUCCGUCCUUCUCUUCGGUGUGCGGCCGCAAGCCCAACCGGACCCUGCUCCGGCUGGGUUUCCUUGUUGCUGGGAUCCUUCUCUUUACCUCCAAUUGGCUCUACGGAGAGCUGGUGGUGCCUCAGAUUUUGGACGGCCCGAUACAGGAAGAGGAAGUGUCCCCUGUCCCGGAAGUGGCGCACGAGGCGGAGGAGGAUGCAUCCGGGAACGCCUGGGACAAUGCCAGCUUGGACAACGCCUCCUUAAACAACGCCACGGAGAAUGCCACGGAGAAUGCCACGGAGAAUGCCACGGUUGUGAAACGACCUCGGAUUCCGUCGCCUGCCAUGAUUCAGGGCAGCUUGCUCUAUGGCUACAUUGCGGCCUUCACAUUCUCGCUGGUGGGUCUAUGCUUCUGCGAUGGUCGAUGGUGGACGACCUUGAUCCAUGUGAUGUUGGGCAUCAUUUUCACCUUCGCCGGGUGGCAGCAUACUUGGACUUCAAGCAGCUUACUGACUAGCGCCCGCGGCAGACGCUAUGCGGAAUACAUGGGUGAGCUUUAUUCCAUCGCCAAGUUCAGGCAAAUGAUCUCGGACUUUGCUCCCUUGGUGGCACUGGGAGUGCCGAUCACCGCACAAGUGCUGUGCCAAAGUAGGAUCACCCAAAGGAGAGGCACCUUGUCCACCAUGGGUUUUCUAGAGACCUCAGGGAUUCUCCUGUCCAUGAAAGCCUUGCAGUGGGGGCUGAUGUUGACCUAUCUGAUUUUCGUGGGGAGCUAUGCGGUUGACUUCUGGGUUCUCUCGCAGCUUCCACCGGACGAGGCACUUCCUGCUGUGGGCAACGUUGAGGUGCUCCUUCGCGGCCGAGUUGAACCAUCGCCUGAGGGAUCUGGCCGCCUCUACCUGAUUGUCUACGAUGAUGAAGAGGCGCACGGGCAGCUUGCUCGAAAUGAGUUCGGCCAGAUGACUUGCGAGGAGAUGUUGGACAGUGCCAGCUGGGCGGUGCCCAUCACCUUAUACGAGCGCGAGGAGUUUCGGUUGACAGAGAACAUCACCGAGAGCAUUCGUCCUCGUUUCUGGUACUUCAUUUUUGCAGCUUGUGGGGUGGAUGUAGUUGUCGCACCCUUCUUUGAGAUUCACGCACAAAACAUCCUGCAGGGCUUUGAAAGCGAAUUCGGCAUGGACCAGCAAGGCUCUUUGCUCUUGAAAGUUGCUGCUUCGUCGGGUUUUCUAGGUCUCUUCUUGGCCUUGCGUCUUUCAGGGAAGGCCACGGGCUCUGAGGCUCUGCGGGCCCGACCUUUGCUCAGGAUUUUGCUGAUUUCUGCCGCAUGCUCUGCCAUAGGUGCCUGCUGCUUCUGUCUGCACUGGGCGGUUUUCGCCUCGGAUGGGACCGGCCUCUUGGCCAUGCAGGUGGCCGGCACUGGACUGGUGGCCGUGGCCAAGGCAUCGAUGUCAAUAUUGCAAUUGCUGCUUGCCAAAGGAUGGGCGUUGUUUUACUCCCCGCAGCAGCUCUUGCAGAGGCAGUUGAUCGUGGCUGCAGUGUUGCUGAUGAUUCUGGUCUCCAUCUUGUGCGAAUUGCACGAGGUUCUGUUUCAUGACUGGAGUGCCCAGAUUUACAUGUACGAGAACUGGUCUGGAAUCACUGUGCUCUUCCUCAACUGCGCUUUGUUUAUCGAGGCUUGGCGUUCUAUGCGUGACACCUACCUGGUGGAGGUCUGGCGGCGCCGAGCGCUAAAGCCGCGGACGCUCAAAGCGGUGGGGGUGCCACUGGAAGAUUUGGAGCCCAUCCUGGGUACAGGUCCCGAGAAGCUGCGCGACGCCAAACAACGAACCACCAGCUUUGCCGACACCCUCUCCGUUUGGGAGGUCUGCGACAUCGUCAAGGACAGCGGAUUUUCCACCCUUCAAAGCCCGGGCGCUGCCCCAAAGGCGGGAAAGGCGGGGCGCGUGUCCUUUGAUGGCGCUACUGAGGAAGCCUCGGUGGUCGAGGAAACCAGAUAUGAUCGCGAGAUCUUGGAGGAUAUUCGAACCUUCAUGCAGGAAGAGGAGACCAUCGAAGCCGGGCCGCUGGCCACCUCCCACGUCUUGCAGGGCACCUGGCAACUGGACGGCGGUCCUGGGGUGGCCAACAAUCCGCAGCUGCAGAUGAUGACUGAUCGACUGACGUGGAUCCGACUGGAGCUGCGGGCAGAGGUCGGUGCCAACAGCACCCUGGAGCUAUGGGUGCUCAGCGGCACCCGCUGGGGGGAAAUGGUGAAGAAACUGGCGCACGAGACUGAACAAGACGAUGCACCGAGCCCGAAGAAGGAGGCGCAAAAUCAGCCUUCAGGAGGCGGGCGCAUCUAUCGCAUCUUGACCUCCGCCAACAGCAUCAGCAAGAAUCGCGGGCCCUUACGCGUGAUGCUGGAGUGUGAAGUCGAUAGAAACGAAACCAUCACCCUGGUGCUGGCGCGCGGUAGCUACCACCCAGACAAAGCCGAGAAGCCGGCGGCCGCAGCGCCUAAGGCGGCGGCUGCGCCGGUGCAGGAACCACCCAGCCCAGUGGAAUUCAGCCUGAGCAACUCCAUCAAGCGUCGAGGUAGCGCUACCCGUCGCAUGUCCAUGUCGCGGAACAGCACGGAGCUGAAUGUGGCGCUGUCACAGCAGGGUGAUAGGUCCCCAAAGUCGCCACGGAGGGGCAGCAUUGCCAGGAGGACCAGCGGGACCACGGGGCUUCCACCACUGCCGGUGCUGGACGCCCGCGAGGAGGCCGAGGCCGCGGCGGAGGAGCUGGCGAAGGCCGCGGCCGCGGCGCCGCUGUCGACGCUGGUGCCGGAUCUGCUGAUUUCACCGCAGAAGGCCAUGGUGCGCGGCUGGCGCUGCGAGGAUGAUCAUUUUGAGGUCCGCGUUUGGACCUCCUCCCCUCUGAAGCGCAGCCCGGAGCUGUUGACCGAGCCCAAACCGGUGGUUGUACAGGAGCAGACGCAUUGGAUGCAGCACCUGGAGUUGCUGAAGCAGAGUUUCGAUCGCUUGGAGGAGGCGCAUGAGGAAAGCGUCUGGCAGAUGCGCGCGGAUGUGUCCUGGCACGCGCGCGUGAGUUUGAACCGGGACCUGGACGUCGUUCAGGGGGAGCUGCGUAGAGCCUUGAUGUCACAAGACACCGGCGCGACAGACUUCUUCAAAUAUUGUAAAUCCUAUCGUCAGGGCGCUUUUCUGCUCCUGGACUGUGUUGGAAAGGAGCUGGGCACCGGCUUCCGCAUGACGCCAAAAAGAGCCAGGGAUGAGUGGUACUUCCUGAGUUUGCCCUUGGUCUGUAUUCUUGCCUCGAUGCUCUCUCCUUGGGUGCGAGCCAAGUAUGUGGACCGGACCGAGGUGCUCUGCCGCUUCUCGACCACUCUGUUCCUGGGCUACCUCCUGAGGCCUUCCAGGAUGGACGCCAUGCUCAGUGCCAGAAUGCAGGAACCUCUGGGACCUCUGGAGCUGGAGGUGGAGCAUGGUGAGAGUGACGCUGGGCAGAUCAUCUCGGCCUCCGGCAGUGUGCCGCUGACCAAGGACGCUGAAGGUUCUCCCACUGGCGAGGAUGAGGACGGGCUGCCGGCCGAAUAA